UAGUCCAUGUUAGUGGUGGUUUUAAACAGCAUCAACAGUCAAAAUUAUUAACUAGUAAAUAGCAUUAUUUUUGUUAAUUGUUUGUAUUAUAACUGGCACAAAAGUUGUUGAUAAAAUUCAAGCAAAAGAAAAACUAGGAUUGUGAUAAAAAUAUACAUAGUAUAUAGAAAAGAAAAGAAAAAAAAAAAUUAGUUAAGAUCGUGCUCGUCCCUGAACAAUCAAUAUGGCCUCCGUUGAUCAGGCUGUUCACAGGAAACACAGCUUGAUCUUCCAUUUAAACAAUAAAUAAACAUAAAAUUAUUCAAAAUUUUAUAUAAAAAAUUAUUAAAAUCAUUAAGUAACAAUAAUAAUCUAUCAUAAAAUAUUAAUAAUAAUAUAUUUGAGGUUAGAUUUUUAUAGAUACAAGAAGAAAAGUGUCGCGCGCGUUGUUGAACUAUAAAUAAAAAAAAAAAUUUGGUUGCCGAAGAAUCUUUGGUUCUUGUAUAUUUAAAUAAAUAUACUCCGUUUUUUUUUGAAAAAAAAAUUGCAAAAAUUGGUCUCUUUUUUUCACUACUUAUUUAUUGUUAAUAAAAUCAUCAAAGUACUUGAUGAAGUGUAAAAUAAAUUGAAGAUAAAAUAUAAAUACAAAAUUAUUAUUGUGUUUUUUUUUUUUUGAGUCAUGAUUGUGAGUAAAUAAGGGAGCAGAUUGUUGUUGUUAUUUUUAAAACAAAAAUAACAUAAACAAUAGAGAAAUAUUUCGUUCAAAAAAAAAAAAAACAUAUGAGAUAAUCAUGUCUAGUGGUGAUAAGAAUUGUAAUGACACAAGUCGAGGAACUGCAUGUUGUCCAGAUGACGAUUCUGAAGAGGAUGAUGUGUCAACGAAUGAGGUACCAAAUGGGGUUAACGUUCAACAAAUUCUUGAAAGUAUGACAACUAAAUUCAACAAUAGUACUAAUAAAAAAAAUGAUAAUAAAAAUUCAAGUAACAAUGAUGAUGAUGAUGAUGAUGAUAAUGAUAAUAAUAAAUUAUUAAAAAAGACUGACACAACAACUGAAAAUAAUAAAAAAAAUUUCGAAAAUUCAACAAUUGAUACUAGUGAAAAUAAAAAACUUGUUAUUGAUAAUAAUAAGGAAAAAAAAAAUGAUUUAUCAUCAAAUGAUACAUCAAAUGAUAAGAUAAAUGAUAAUGAUACAAUUGAAAAACAAGAUUCACCAAAAAAAUUUGUAUUGAAGUUUAGAACAAUUACUGAAACAACUGAUGAUGGUAAAAAAACAAAAAUAUCAAGUUGUGAAUCAAAUUUAAGUCUAGUACCAGAUGAAUUAAUUAAUUGUGAUAAAAUUGGUGGUGUAUCAGUUAAAAUUGAACAUUCAAAUGAUCAAUCUGAUGAAAAUAUGAAAAAAAUUGAUGAUGAAGUUGUUAAAAAUAGUAAAGAGGUUAAGUCUAAAAAAUCACAACUUCAAGAUACAACGAAUGAUAUAAAUAAUAAAAUAAAAAUUGAUGAUAAAAUUAAUAAUGGUGAUGAUCAUAAUGAUAACAAUGACAAUGAUGAUGAUCAUGUUGAUGAUGAUGACGAGGAUGAUGAUAGUAAAACAAAAAAAUCAAAUAAAAUUGAUAAAAAAAAUGAUUUAGAUGUUAAAAAUGAAAGUGAAAAUAAUAAAAUAAAUAAUGUUGAUGUACCAGUUACAAGAAAACGUAAAUAUGCAUGUAAAUCACGUGCAUUAAUUGAAAGUGCACCAUUACCAAAACGUUCAUCAAGAAGAUCAUCAAAAGAACCAUUUAGUGUACUUGAAAGUGCAAUGGCAAGAAAAGAAAAAUCAUAUUAUACUGAUGACAGAAAACCUAAAAAACAAUCUAAAAUUAAAAAAUUACAAAAAGAAACAAAUAGUAAAACAAAAAUAACACGUGGUGAUAUAAAAACAUCAACACCAGAUACAAGUUAUUCUGAUAUUAAUUCAACAUUAGAUAAUUCAAAAAAUUCAUCAGAUGAUGAUAGUAAAAAAUUAAAUGGUGAUUUUGAUGAUAUGCCAAAAUUAACACCAAUGAUUGAACAAAAUAUUGAUACAAAAUUAAAUAAUGAUUCAAUUAAUAAUGAUGAUACAGAUAUUGAUAAACCAUUUUUACGUCCAUCAACUACUAGUAGUGGUGGUAGUAAACCAAAACGUGAACGUUAUAAAGGAAAAUUUAUAUCUAAAAAAGUUGCUAAAAGUCUUUUACUUGAGGAUGCAACAUCAUCUUCAUCAUCAUCAUCUUCAUCUUUAUCUUCAUCACCGUCAUUAUCAACAACAACAGCAAGUACAACAACAUCAACAGCUGCUACUGCUGCUGAAGCUGAUGAUAAAAAAAAUGAUUAUCUUGAAGAAUCAAAUGUUACAGCAAAAAGAACACGUAGAAGUUUAAUGCAAAGUCCAAGUCCAGCUGAAGGACAAGCAUCAAAACCAGAAUCAACAGCAAUAACAACUGAGAAUUAUGUUGAAGAUUUGUUAUGUCUUUGUCAAGUACAAUCACAACUUUAUGUAACAAUAAGUGGUGCAGGUGCACCAUUAUAUUGUACAGCAACUGAUUCAAUUGAUGAUCGUUUAAUUGGUUGUUGUAAUGAAGUUGAUAAUGAAGAUGUUACAAUGAGAAGACCAAGUACACGUGUACCAUUUAUAAUAUUAUGUCGUACACAUAAAGAACGUUUACUUCGUCAUAAUUGUUGUCCAUCAUGUGGUUUAUUUUGUACACAAGGUAAAUUUAUACAAUGUCGUAAUGGACAUCAAUAUCAUCUUGAUUGUGAUAUUUUAAAUAAUAAAAAAUCAGUAUGUCCACAUUGUGGUAUUGAUAAUGAAAAAUCAAUAAUAUUAAUAACAAUGUCAAGUAAAUGUAAACCAGUAUAUAUACCAACAAGAAAAAAAAUAACAAAAUUACCAACAGCUAAAAUGAGUUUACCUGGUAAAGGUGAUAAUACAAUGCUUGCUAAAAGAUCACCAUCAUUACCAUUAAUAAGUCCAGAUGAUAUUAAAAUACCAAAUAUAACAAUAAAUCCAGAUAAACCAGAUCGUUUUACAUUAAUGAGCCUUUAUACAGCUGUUAAAAAUAAUGAUUUAGAUAAAUUAGUUAAUAUACUUGCAUGUGGUUAUAAUGUUAAUCAUAUAUUUCGUGAUCAUCCACAACGUACUGUAUUACAUUUAGCAUCACAAAAUGGUUUUCUUGGUUGUGUACAUAUACUUGUACAAUGUGGUGCACAACUUGAUACAAUGGAUAAAAAUCAAAAUACACCAUUAAUGUUAGCAUCAUUAAAUGGUAAAAUUGAUAUUAUUAGAUAUCUUAUUAGAGCUGGUUGUGAUGUUACAUUAAAAGGUAAAGCUGGAAUGACUGCAUUACAUAUGGCUGCUAAAUCAGGAUAUAUUGAUUCAUGUAAAACAAUAAUAACUGAAUGUAAAGUACCUAAAACACUUGUUGAUAGUGUUGAUGAUGGUGGAUGGACAAGUUUAAUAUGGGCUAGUGAAUUUUCACAUACUGAUAUUGCACGUUAUUUAAUUGAUAAAAAAUGUGAUCCAUUAAUACGUGAUUCAGAACAAAAUAUUGCAUUACAUUGGAGUGCAUAUAGUGGUUCAUCUGAAAUAACUGAAAUUUUAUUAAAUGAAGGUUGUGAUGUUAAUGCUGUUAAUGUACAUGGUGAUACACCAUUACAUAUUGCUGCUAGACAAAAUAGAUAUGCUGUUAGUGUUUUAUUAUUAGCAAGAGGUGCUAGAAUUAAUGAAAUUAAUGUUGCUGGUGAAACAGUUAUUGAUUGUUGUUUAGUUGAUGGUGAUACAAUGAAUGCAUUAAAAUUAAAUGCUAAAAUUAAUCAAUUAACUGAUAAUUUGUUGGAAAAAACACCAAAAAUAUUAACAAAUGAUAUAUCACGUGGUAAAGAAAAAAAUCCAAUUCAAUGUAUUAAUGGUAUUGAUAAUGAGGAUAAACCAGUUGAUUUUAUUUAUAUUACGGAAAAUUGUUUAACAAGUAAUAUUCAUAUUGAUCGUACAAUAACAUCAUUACAAUCAUGUCAUUGUGAGGAUCAUUGUGGCUCAGAUAAAUGUCUAUGUGGAAAUAUUAGUUUAAGAUGUUGGUAUGAUGAAGUUGGUAAAUUAAUACCAGAAUUUAAUUAUACUGAUCCACCAAUGUUAUUUGAAUGUAAUCCAGCAUGUGAUUGUAAUAGAAUAACUUGUAAUAAUCGUGUUGUUCAACAUGGUGUUACUCAAAGAUUUCAAUUAUUUAGAACAUCCAAAAAAGGAUGGGGAAUUAAAACAAUAAGAUUUAUACCAAAAGGUACAUAUGUAUGUGAAUAUGUUGGAGAAAUAAUAUCUGAUUCAGAAGCUGAUCAUCGUGAGGAUGAUUCAUAUUUAUUUGAUUUAGAUAAUAGAGAUGGAGAAACAUUUUGUAUUGAUGCAAGACGUUAUGGUAAUAUUGCACGUUUUAUAAACCAUUCUUGUGCUCCAAAUUUACUGCCUGUUCGUGUAUUUGUCGAACAUCAAGAUUUACAUUUUCCAAGAAUUGCAUUUUUUGCUAAUCGUGAUAUUCAUGCUGAUGAAGAACUUGGAUUUGAUUAUGGUGAAAAAUUUUGGAUCAUCAAGUGUAAAUCAUUUACGUGUACCUGUGGAGCUCAGAACUGUCGAUAUUCUGAAAGAACAAUUCAACUUACAUUGGAUAAUUAUCGCAUGAAAAUUCAUCAAGAAGAAAAAACAAAUACUUCUAAAGCAUAAAUCAUUUUUUUUUUUUUUUAUCUAGUAAUACAUUCUCUUUUUUAAAACUACUUUAGCUAGUGGCUUUUGGUUAUUUAAAUAUGUUUAUUAAUUUUUGAAUGAAAAAGGUUAUUUAUAUUUUAGUAAUAAUCAUAUUUUUGCUCUUAAUAUUGCCAUGUUAUUUAAUAACAACAAUUACCAUUGAUUAAAAUUUGAUUUUUUUUUUUUCUUUUUAUUAUUAUUUAAUUAAAAAACAAUUGUAAAUUGAAAAUAUUACUAAAAAAUUUAGAAUUAAAUAAUCGAAAUAUUAUAAAAUUUUACAAUUUAAUUUUAUCUCAGUUAAAAAACAUGAUUAUUUUAAUUAUUGUAAAAAUAUAAAUAAUAAUAGCAACUAUUAUUAUUUAAUAUUAAAAGAAUUUGCUCAUAAAAAAAUCAUAAAUCAUGAUUAUCGCAUGAAAAAAAAAAAAAAAAAGAAAAAAC